GUGUCCUCUCUAAGUAGUCCCAGGUCAAGUGUUUGUGCAGUAGCCACUGAAAGUUACUUGUAUGCUAUUGGAGGCAGAUCAGAUGUUGAACUUGCAAACAUUGUUGAAAAAUUUGAUCCAAACGAAAAGGCAUGGUGCCUGGUUGCCCCAACUCUAGAAAAACGAGUGGCUGCUUGUGGUGCAGUUGUCAAUGACAAAGUAUUUGUGUUUGGUGGCCUCAGGGGUGAAGAUUGUGCACGCUCAAGCUUCUGUGAAAUGUAUGACCCAGUAACUGACAUGUGGAGUAGCAUUGCAAAUACAGUUACUCCAGGAGGGUAUGCAAGUGCAGUGAGUUUCAAAGGAAACAUUUUUGUGAGUGGUGACUUUGGAGAAGAUGUGUCUCUGCAGAUUUAUGAUGUUGUUACAAGGGAGUGGAAAUUUUGCACCAAGUUUCCCCGGAGUGGUGAAGUAUUUAGAAUUUCUUGUUUAAGAAUGCCAAGGGAGAUUUUGGAUAAAUGCGAAAUACUUUCAUAGACGUGCGUCAUAUUAUUUUACUCUUCUUCGUGCCCAAACUUCCCAAGAAUGAUGUGUUGUAAGAUAAUGUGGCAAGGAUUAAUUAAGAAAUUGAAAAUAAUAACCUUAGGGAUGUUGUCUUGUGUUACAUCAGAUUGUCAUCAAUGAUUGUAACUCUAAUAAGAAUGUUUAUACUCAGUUUGCGACCACCUCUUCUCAGCGACCAGUUUUCCAAAAUACCAAAAGUUUCCCAGUCAGAU